CAAGUACCUUAUCUCCAUAAUACCCAUCCACCAGCCAUCUACCAAUAAAUCAAAAACCGAAACAGAGCACAAACGCCAUGUCCGCCGAAGAACAAGUCCAGCUCUCCAACUUCAACUCGAUCUUCUCGCUCGAUGGCAAAGUCGCUGUCGUGACGGGCGGUUCGCGCGGGCUGGGCCUGCACGCUGCGAGUGGCCUCCUCCAAGCCGGCUGCUCCAAAGUCUACAUCACAUCACGCAAAGCUGCCGCCUGCGACGAGGCCGUGCGCGCGCUCAACGCCCUGCCCAACAAACGCCCCGGCGCGGUCGCCAUCGCCAUCCCUGCCGAUAACAGCCGCGUGGCCGAGCUCGACCGACUCGUCGAGGAGGUCAAGAAGACGACCGACCAUGUUGAUAUUCUGUUUGCGAACGCGGGCGCCACGUGGGGCGAGAAGUUCGAGACGCAUCCCGAGGCGAUGUUUUCGAAGGUUAUGGAGUUGAAUGUCAAGUCGGUGUUUUAUACGAUUCAGAAGUUCGCGCCGCUGUUGUCGGUGAAUGCCAAUAAAGAAGAUCCCUCGCGCGUGCUCAUCACCGGCUCCGCGGCUGGUAUUAUCCCCGGGUCGUUGGGCGAGAAUGCUACGUUCAGUUACUCGGCGUCGAAGGCUGCGGCGCUGCAUCUGGCGAGGAACUUGGCGCUGGAGCUGGGACCCCGGCAUAUCCUGGUCAAUGCGAUUGCGCCGGGAUUCUACCCGUCGAAGAUGGCGAACGGGCUGAUUGAGUUGCAGGGUGGGCUGGGUGCGAUGGAGGACCAGUCGCCGAAUAAGAGGCUGGGGAGGCCGGAGGAUAUCGCCGGAUUGGUGGUGUUCUUGGCCAGUCGGGCUGGUGGGCAUUUCAAUGGCGCGGUGUUGGUGACGGAUGGGGGUGCCAAUUUGCGGGGGAGGUUGUAAAUUAUCGAGAGAGAGAAAGGAGGUAG